CUGGCCACUGUAGCCGGUCAGAGCCGGCACAAGCACGCACAAGCUUGCAAAGCAAAUGUGCGGUUUGCUGUGUAUGCCGUUCGCCCGUAUUUUGUGGGAAGUCGUGAGUCGUACUCAUUGAAAGAUUAAAGGCAAGAACGGCAGAAACGAGAGAAAAGAUGCCUUCUGUUUUACUAACCGAGUCAAUCGCGGUAGAACUUGGAGGACAGGAACCUUGGCCGGAAGAUGCGAAGCUUUUCCAGUCUUUUGAAAAGUCUCAAAUCCUACUACCCGAGAGCACAGCAUCAUUGAGCGUCCAGACGUACUUAAGGAUGGUUGGGUUGGAUCACGAAGUGGAAAUGAGGCCUAAUGUCGAGAGUAUUUCACCAUCAGGCAAUGCACCAGUGCUGAAGUGCGGAAAUUUUGUAAUCUCCGAAAUGGAUCCCAUCGUAGCAUUCGUAAACACGAAGGGCAUUCAGCUCAAUCCUCACCUGACUGUACAGCAGAAGGCGGACAUGCGAGCUUACAUGUCCCUCGUCAACACAGUGCUAGUCAAUGCAGAGCUCUACAUUUGCUGGGAGCACAAAGAGACCUACAGUGAGGAUACCCAGCAACGUUACGGUUCGGUCUUCCCGUGGCCGCUGAACCAUUUCCUCUGUUUCAAGAAGCGACGUCAGGUUGCUGCCAGGCUAGCGGUCGCUGAUUGGAGGGAUAAGUCGCUGGAAGAUGUUUUGGAAGAGGUGCAGACAUGCUGUGCGGCACUCUCGGAGCGUCUCGGAAAUCAGAGGUUCUUCUUUGGCGAAAAGCCUACCGAGCUGGACGCCCUAGUGUUCGGCCAUCUUUACACCCUGAUGAUGUGCUCCCUCCUGGACAACAAGCUCGCCCGUCUGGUGCGCGGCUUCGUCAACCUGGUGGACCUGUGCAGGAGGAUCGAGGUGCAGUACUUCGCCGAGACAUGAAGAACGGGACCAACUCCUACGAGAUGGAAAGAAUACUUUAGAGCGGUUAGGCUUAGCGGGAUGCCGUUGACUGCGCUUGGGUUGUCUCUGCUCUUACAGCUAUAGGUGUGUUAGAAAUGGAGACGUUAACUCUUAUAGCAUAUUUCGCGUUCACUG